CGCAGGUCUGUGCUGAUUUAGGCCUUUUAUAACGUCACGGCCGGACUAGCCUUCUUGGCCGCGUUUGGCCGGGUAGCAGCGUUCAGCGCAGAGGUUUAUGGAGAAGGCUUCCAGCUGGUGCUGAGUCACUAGUUCAGGAAGAAGAAUUGUGUUCUCCUCCCUCCCUUUUUUUUUCAUUUUCUUUUGUGGACCAAAAAUACCAGUAUGGAGACCUAAACCCUUAAAAGGGACAUAGUCUGAACUUGGGGAGGUAGUUUUGUGCAUGAGUAAAAGAAAAUAGGUAAUUAAAGUUAUUGGUACCUAAUGAUUGUUAAAUUUUGAAACACGGUCCAUAGAUAAAUGGGGUAACUAUAAUAUGAUGAAAAUUCCUAUUUCAGUGUGGCAAAUAGAAAUUAUAAGUGGUCAUAUCAAGGACAUCAGGGUAUAUAGCAAUAAUCCUUUGAAGGUUACCUAGUGCUAACAACUAUAGUGAAGAGAAAUGAACAUUUUAAAAAUGAAUUCUUUAGAGCAAGGAAUUGGUCUCAAAUUUUUUGUGAAGUUAACUAAAUUUUCAAGUAACACAUGUGUCCUAUUAAAAAAGAUUUGUUGGGAUGAAAAAAUUAAAAAACCAAGAAUUUUUAACUGGCAUGAAAAGUUUAAAGAAGGCAAAGAAGUCGGUGAUGUUACAUAAAGAAGUUGUCUAAGAAUCUGUAAGAUGAUGAAUAUCACAGAACCAAGGAAUUCUAGACCUGGAAAAGACCUUUGAGGUUGCCUAAUCCAACCCCGUCUGCCUAGGAGAUCCUUCUCUAUAGCAUUCACUGGUCAUUUGACUUCUGUCUGAACAGAUCUAGUGAGUCAAACAAUUUGCUUUCCAAGAGUGUCAAUUCCAUUUGAGGAUAGGUUCUAGGUAAUGCGUAUAGUCUUCUGCGAACUGAACUCUGCUUAAAGUAACAUUGCAGGUGUUGUCUGAUCGGUACAGAUUACACUGAGACUAUGAGAUACUGAAAGGGUCUGAGAUUUAGUUCAGUCACAUAGUCAUUGGAAGAGUGAUGGAUGAAAAGUUAAAUUUAGAGAAAAGAAAUAGAUUUAUUCUGAAAGAAAAAUUGAAAUAGAGAAUAUUUCUAGAAAAUAUAAGAUAUACUUUGCAAAUUUGAUAUUUGAUGUUGAAAGCUAGAUAAAAUAGAAGUAUUUGUUGAACAUAGAGAGCUAACAAAAAAUGCUAUGUAAGUCAAACACUAUUAACUAUGUUAGCUAUUUAAGGCUGGUGAUAUGCUAUUGUACCCUAGUAACCUGAAAUCAUUGAUGUCUAACAUUAACUGGGGACCAGAAACACUUUAUACAAUUCCAAAGUUAGUCACCUUUAAUCAUUAGAUUUACAUAAUGGCACAUAUAUAAAGUUAUAAAGACAGUGAUAUAUAACUUCAAAGUGUAUUAGACAUCUGGCUGCCAUGAUAAAAUUUAGGACAUCUCUAUGAACCUCAAUUUUCAGCAUGAAACAUUAUAAAGAAUUUUACUUCUGGGUUUUUAGCCUGGUACUAAAGCCAGUGUCGAUGCACAAAACUACCUCCCCAGAGAAAGACUUGUCCCAUUUUUUGCUCUUAGAAUCUCAUGAAUUUAGUAGAAAACAUCAUGUUCUUAUCAAAUAUGAACAUCAGCAACCUAUAUGAACUGAAGUAUGACUUUUCUUGUGAACUCUACAGAAUAUCUACAUACUCUGCUUUCCCAGUCAAUGUUCCAGUCUCAGAAAGGAGUCUUGCUCGGGCUGGAUUUUAUUACACUGGUGUGAACGACAGAGUUAAAUGUUUCUGUUGUGGCUUAAUGUUGGAUAACUGGAAACAAGGAGACAAUGCGAUUAACAAACACAAACAGUUAUUUCCCAGCUGUGCCUUCAUUCAGAAUCUGACUUCAGUUAACAAUCUAGAAUCAAACUCUCAAUCUGCUCUUUCUUCCUCACUGAAUAGUGCCUCGUGUUCAUUGUCUCCAAGUUCAGAACAGAGUGGAUAUUUCAGUGGUUCUUAUUCCAGUUUUCCACUGGAGCCAGUGACUUCCAGAGGAGUUGAGGACUUGUCCCCUUUGAACACCAGCCCCUACAGUUAUUCUAUGAGUACUGAAGAGGCCAGAAUUCUUACUUACCAGGCAUGGCCAUUGACAUUUCUGUCACCAUUAGAUCUGGCAAGAGCUGGCUUUUAUUAUAUAGGACCUGGAGACAUGGUAGCUUGCUUUGCCUGUGGUGGGAAACUGAGUAACUGGGAACCAAAAGAUGAUGCCAUGUCAGAGCACCGAAGACAUUUUCCUCACUGUCCUUUCCUGGAGAGUCAAAUCCAAGAAACAUCAAGGUUCAAUGUUUCUAAUCUGAGCAUGCAAACUUAUGCAGCCCGUGUGAAAACCUUUGUGACCUGGCCACCUCAAAUUCCAGUUCAUCCAGAGCAGCUUGCAAGUGCUGGCUUUUAUUAUGUGGGUUGCAAUGAUGAUGUGAAGUGCUUUUGCUGUGAUGGUGGGCUGAGAUGUUGGGAAUCCGGAGAUGAUCCCUGGGUGGAACAUGCCAAAUGGUUUCCAAGGUGUGAGUAUUUAAUUGAAAUGAAAGGACAACAGUUCAUCAAUCAAAUUCAAGCCAGUUAUCCUCAUCUUCUUGAACAGCUGCUAUCUACAUCAGAUGUUCCAGUGGAUGAAAAUGCUGGCCUACCAAUUAUUCAUUUUGGACUGGGAGAAAACCAUGCAGAAGAUGCAGUCAUGAUGAAUACAUCAGCGGUCAGAUCAGCUUUGGAAAUGGGCUUUCAGAGAAGGCUAAUAAAACAGACAGUUCAGAGUAAAAUUUUAACAACUGGAGAAAAUUACAAAACAGUCAGUGAUCUUGUAUCAGAUUUGCUUAAGGCAGAAGAUGAAACAAGAGAAGAGGAUGAACAAGCUGAGGAAAUAGAAUCAGAUGACUUAUCAUUAAUUCAGAAGAACAGAAUGGCUCUGUUUCAACAUUUGACCUGUGUGCUUCCUGUUCUGAAUUGUCUAUUGACUGCCAGUGUGAUCAAUGAACAAGAAUAUGAUGUUAUUAAACAAAAAACACAAAUAUCUUUGCAAGUCAGAGAACUGAUUGAUACCAUUAUAGUUAAAGGAAAUAUUGCUGCAAACAUAUUCAAAAAAUGUCUCAGAGAUUUUGACCCAGUCUUAUAUGAGAAUUUAUUUGUGGAAAAGAACAUGAAGUAUAUUCCAACAGAAGAUGUUUCAGGCUUGCCAAUAGAAGAACAAUUGAGGAGAUUACAAGAAGAAAGAACUUGUAAAGUUUGUAUGGAUAAAGAAGUAUCUGUUGUUUUUAUUCCUUGUGGACAUCUAGUAGUUUGCAAAGAAUGUGCAUCUUCCCUAAGAAAAUGCCCUAUUUGUAGAAGUACUGUCAAGGGUACAGUUCGUACAUUUCUUUCAUAAAGAGAAAUCAAUAAUUUUCUAAACUUUAUAGAUAAGGAAUUUGAAUGUUAUCUUAAGCCUUCAGAAAUAAAGAUUGUUAUUACUUAUA